AAAAAGAAGCUUCUUGAAGAACUUGGAGAGGGCAAACUUCCAUACCUGACACCAGCUGAUGCUGAUUUCCAUCAUUUGAAGACAAGAUAUUCCAAGCUUAUUUUCAGAAAGUCGGAUACAGUACCUGAAGAGCUCCAUCAGAUGGUUCAAGAGGGCUUUUUGACCUUGAGGAAACACAAUUGUUUUUUUCAAGAUCUUGUAAGGAUCAAAGGAAAAGAUUUUUUUACGCCAGUGUCUCGUAUAUUAAUUGGAAAUCCAGGAUGCACUUACAAGUACUUGAACACAAGAUUAUUUACAGUUCCUUGGCCUACUGAGGGCUGUGAAAUAAAAUAUUGCAGUCCUCAAAUACAUGAUGCUUGUAAAGCAUUAAUCAAACUUAAUGACUACUUGCAUAUUGAAGCAGUCAAGGCAUUACAAGGACAAAAUCUGUUAGACACCAAAGAUAUCAAAGACACUGCUGUAAUAGAUAGGGAGCAAAAUUUUGCUACUUCGCUUAUAGAGAAAGGGUCUUUUUCAAAAGAUCAAAGCAGUUGCUACGUACCAGAGGAUGACUACACAAGUCUAAAUAACAGAACAUCUUAUAACUUGACUUUAUUAAAUUAUAUGGAUCCACUACAAAUGCCGUACUUGAAACAAGAGCCUUAUUUUGGAAUGGGGAAUAUGGCAGUGAGUUGGCAUCAUGAUGAGAAUCUGGUUGAGAGGUCAACGGUUGCUGUGUACAGCUACAGCUGUGAAGAUUCAUCAGCUGAAGAAACUACUGAUUGGAACCUGAAGGGAAGAGACCCAGCUGUUUGGCACGUAGGCUUGAAGGUAGCAUGGGACAUAGAGACACCUGGAUUAGCAAUACCACUUUACCAAGGCGACUUCUACUUGAUGCUUG